AUGGCUUCAGCGACAGAUGCCCGUUAUGGACAGAAGGAGUCGUCGGAUCAGAACUUCGAUUACAUGUUCAAGAUCCUGAUCAUCGGCAACAGCAGCGUGGGGAAAACCAGCUUCCUGUUCCGCUACGCCGACGACUCUUUCACCCCAGCGUUCGUCAGCACGGUGGGCAUCGACUUCAAGGUCAAAACCAUCUACAGGAACGAUAAGAGAAUCAAACUGCAGAUCUGGGACACCGCGGGACAGGAGCGAUACAGGACCAUCACGACAGCCUAUUACAGAGGAGCCAUGGGCUUCAUUCUCAUGUACGACAUCACUAACGAGGAGUCCUUCAACGCCGUGCAGGACUGGUCCACUCAGAUAAAGACGUACUCGUGGGACAACGCCCAGGUGCUGCUGGUGGGGAACAAGUGUGACAUGGAGGACGAGAGAGUGGUGGCUGGGGAGAGAGGCAGGCAGCUCGCCGAACAUCUGGGCUUUGAGUUCUUCGAGGCCAGUGCGAAGGACAACAUUAACGUGAAGCAGACGUUCGAGAGGCUGGUCGACAUCAUCUGCGAGAAGAUGUCGGAGAGUUUGGACGCCGCCGACCCCGCCAUCACGGGGGCCAAACAGGGUCCUCAACUAACUGAGCAGCCUGCCGCCCCCCACCAGGACUGUGCAUGCUAA